AUGUGGUCAAUUGCAAUUGGACAAAGACCUGUGAGAGCGCAUGAUUACACAUUAGUAAUAGAUAUUUCUAUUGGGCAUUCCUUCGAAUUGAAUGAAACAUUUAGCGAAUGGAUAACUGAUAUAUAUGAUAAUCCAGCACCAACUGAAAUCAGUGAGGAAUUUAAUGUCACUGAGGAAAGAAGACGCGAGGCUGCUCAAACACAGAAAAAUAAGAAAUUCACAAAGAUGCGUUUUACACAGAUCGAUUUUUUAAAUUUCAACAACUCAAAGAAAAAUAUGGUGUCAAUACAG